UCCUCUCCUGCUGCCCGCGGUCAGCAUCAUUCACGGGCUCCUCCGUUGCCCUUCCUUUUUCGCCCGGCCGACCCUCUGCCCCCCUCGCCACGCUGGCACUGCCCUGCCUCGGUACGACCUUAAUCUGUAGCGCAAGGAUUUGGCGGAGAUCGAUGGGGUUAGCGGAGAAGCCUCAGAUGGAGGGAAGCAUAAUGGAAUCGGAAGGGAACAGGAAGUGGGUCAUCGCCGGAAUCCCGCUGCGGGCUCCGUUGAGGCCGAUAUACCCGAAGCCGGCGCCGGCGGAGAAGGCGAAGAAGCAGCGGAAGGAAGAAGGAGAAGGAGAAGGAGAAGGAGAAGGAGAGGAAGAAGAAGAGGAGGAGGAGUACAUCUCGACGCCAACAGGGGAAGAAUCCCGAAUUUCGACGAGGCAAGCGUGUCCGGCGGCUCCGAGGAAGAGGAAGCCGGCGGCGGUGAGAUGCCACGGCGGCGUCGUAAGGGAGUUCUUCACUCCGCCGGACGACCUAGAGUCCAUAUUCAUACGCCGCGUCAAUUAAUGGCAGGUCUAAUUGAUCAGUUGGCUGCUCUCUAGCUAGGAUAGAGAUCAUGCCCCUUGCGAUAUGAUCUCUUUUAAACUUUUUUUUUUUUUUUAAAAGAAAAUUUAUUAUUACAUUGUUAGCUUUAAUUUCUUUUCUUUAUCUCUAUGGUUUUUAGUGGUCUUUGUAGUUUGUAGAUCGAGGAAGGUUAGGGUGAGUAGCUAGCUAGCUAGGAGUUCAUCAUGUACAGAGAGCUUCGUGAAUAAAUAAACAAAUAAAUUCUAUAUUUAUUGCUA